AUGUCUAGCGGAAAGACCUUCAAGCUCAACAACGGCGUCACCAUCCCCGCCGUCGGCUUCGGUACCUUCGCCAGCGAGGGCUCCUCUGGCGAGACCUACCGCGCCGUCAAGAAGGCCCUCGAGACCGGAUACAGGCACCUGGACUGCGCCUGGUUCUACCAGAACGAGGACGAGGUGGGCGAUGGCCUCCGCGACUUCCUGAAGGAGAACCCCUCCGUCAAGCGUGAGGACAUCUUCAUCUGCACCAAGGUCUGGAACCACCUUCACCGUCCCGAGGAUGUUCGCUGGUCGAUCGAGGACUCCCUGAAGAAGCUCAAGACCGACUACGUCGACCUCUUCCUCGUCCACUGGCCCAUUGCCGCCGAGAAGGACGGCCAGGAGAAGCCCAAGAUCGGUCCUGACGGAAAGUACGUGAUCUUGAAGGACCUGACCGAGGACCCCAAGCCCACUUGGGAGGCCAUGGAGAAGCUGUACGAGGACAAGCUGGCCCGCGCCAUCGGUGUCUCCAACUGGACCAUCGAGGGUCUUGAGAAGCUGCUCAAGUACGCCAAGGUCGUGCCCCAGGUCAACCAGAUCGAGAUCCACCCCUUCCUCCCCAACGAGGACCUCAUCCAGUUCUGCUGGAAGCACAACAUCCUCCCCGAGGCCUACUCCCCUCUGGGCUCGCAGAACCAGGUCCCCACCACCGGCGAGCGCGUUAGCGAGAACAAGACACUCAACGACAUCGCCAACAAGGGCGGCAACACCCUCGCCCAGGUCCUGAUCGCUUGGGGUCUGAAGCGCGGCUACGUUGUCCUCCCCAAGAGCUCCAACCCCGCGCGCAUUGAGUCCAACUUCAAGAGCAUCGAGCUCUCCGAGGAGGACUACCAGGCCGUCAACGCCGUCGCCAAGGGCCGUCACUUCCGCUUCGUCAACAUGAAGGACACCUUUGGCUACGAUGUCUGGCCCGAGGAGACCGCCAAGAACCUCUCUGCUUAA